AUGGCUCUUUCUCCGGCUCCCCACGACAGGCCGACUUACGGCUCUGACCUUCCUCCAGCAUCGUCAACUUCCCCGAGCGCACACAGGACAGCACCGGCCCCCCCGCCCCCUCCUCCGCCAGCGCCCUCAAUCUCGAAUAACGCGCCUGACCCGAAAUGCCGGCGGACCGAAAAUAAUUGUCAAGAAGGAACCCGCUUCUCCCGGCAUGCAAACUACCAAGGGGGCCGGCCGCGAAAGCUCGAUCUCUCCAGGAACACGAGCAUCGUGUCUCCCGCCACCGCUCGCCCCCUAACUGCCCGCGAUGGUUUGGGGAUUCAGGAAGUUGGCAUCGCGUGCCUGUCGCCGGGCUUCGUGCCAAAGGAUGCCGCUGAGCAGGAGCAGUUGAAUCGUAGUAUGAAUCUUAAGGACCAACAACAACAGCUCAUUAAGUCGAGGUUGCACCAAAGCACGAAACCAGGAGACGGCCCCGACAAGGACAAGGAGACGGGCCACUUUGCCGCAAAAACGCCCGGCUUCGCCCGCAAGCGCGGCGCACCGCCUGGUCUAAGCAUUGUCGCUCCCUCGCACGAGCAAUUCGCGAAUGAGAGAGUCAUUCAGUCGGCACCCCUUGGCCAAACUUUCACAGGGAGGCACAACCCACACCCACUCACGCGACACAUCACCAACCAGUCCUCCAACCUCGCCAGCACGUCGCACAUCCACCAUGUGCAAGCCACCCAAACGAAUAACCGGCUUCCCCCGAUCGCCGACGUUUUCGGCCAGGGCCUCUCGGGCCACCCCGAGUCGAGCGGCCACGCCAUGUUUGCGAACCAAAGCCGCGCACCACUGCCGUCGCCCCACCACCCACCCAUGCCGCAGUCCGCGCGCUCGCGUGAGUACAAGUCAGCCGAGGAAGCCCAAGCCGAGCUGGCCGGUGGCCGACCGGAGCUCCUACCAAAGUUAGUACGCUACGGCGGCCACCAACCCCCGACGCCGCCUUCCCCCCCGCAGGCACCCCGGGAUUACCCGCAAAACCAGCACAAUAACAAUUCCCACAAUCAUAAUCAUAACCAACAUCACCACAACCACACCCACUACAGGCCACCACCAACCCAUGCUGACUCGGCCCUCGCUACAACAAGCAGCAGGGCGCUUAACCACAACCAUCAAGCCCCGCACCCUGGCCCUGGUCCGAGCAGUCCGGUCGGCUCGAACAGCAUGAAGCGGAGGCGCGCCGAGUAUGAGGAAGGCAGCCCGCCAUUGGGGAACGGCGGCCGCCCGGCCCCGGCCGCCCCCCAACCGCACCAGCACCACCCUCCGCACCAAUCGCACCAGUCAAUACCGCUACCGUUUGGCAUUGACGCGCCCCCGCCGAAUGCCAGAAGGGGCCUGUUUGGCGAGGGCCGCGACAGCCCCGAGACUAUCGAGGCGAAGAAGAAGGAGUUCAUGAGCCUAUGCUCCCGCGCUUGGGACCUCAUCCACUCUUGA